AUGAUACUAAUCUACUUGCUUUCAAUUGCACUGCCAAUUUGUGUCCACUCAUUCUAUCUGCCAGGUGUUGCUCCUACCACCUAUCAUGAAGGUGAUUCAAUUCCAUUGCUGGUAAAUCAUUUGACACCAUCCAUGUUUUUCCGCCAUAAGGAUGACGAUGGAAAGGAUACCGGGGAUAGGGAAUCCUUUUUGUAUUCAUAUGAUUACUACUUCUCGAAAUUUCACUUUUGUCAACCGGAGAAGCUGGAAAAACAACCCGAAUCGUUAGGAUCCAUCAUUUUUGGAGACCGAAUCUUCAAUUCGCCUUUUGAACUGGAAAUGUUGAAAAAUAAGGAGUGUAUGCAAGUGUGCCAAUCGACAAUUCCAGGUGAAGAUGCGAAAUUUAUUAACAAGCUUAUUGUGAAUGGAUUUUUCCAAAACUGGCUUGUGGAUGGUCUCCCCGCUGCUAGAAAGGUUCAUGAUUCAAAAACGAAUACCGAUUUUUACAGUUCAGGAUUUGAACUUGGUUUUGUUGAUGUCACUCAAGGCACAUCCAAGUCUAAAACUGAAUCAACGUCAGGAACCAAAAGCGUUGCUCAAGAUGACUACUUAGAUUUACCAUCACUAAAGAAGAGGAAAAACUUGGUUGAUGUCGAAAAGCGUGCAAAAGAUGUUAACUCCAACUCCAUCGUGAAGACCCUAGAGAUUCCUUACUUUGUUAACCAUUUCGAUAUUCAAAUUGAGUAUCAUGACCGUGGUGAAGGCAAUUACCGUGUCGUAGGCGUCACAGUGGAGCCUGCCUCUAUUAAACGUACUUCUGCUUCAACUUGUACGGCUACUGGAGAAAGUUUAGUCUUAUCUGAAGAAGAAGACAACACCGUCUACUUUACCUACUCCGUGAACUUUGUCGCAUCUGAUAAAGUGUGGGCUACCAGAUGGGAUGAUUAUUUACAUGUCUAUGAUCCCAAGAUUCAGUGGUUCUCUUUAAUCAAUGUCUCUAUCGUUGUUUCACUUUUAUCAUCAGUCAUGAUACAUAGCUUGUAUCGCACUUUGAAGGAUGAUUUGUCGCGCUAUAACCAACUAAAUUUAGACGACGAUUUUCAAGAAGAAACAGGAUGGAAGCUUGUGCAUGGUGACGUUUUCCGCUCGCCUAGAAAAGCAAUGCUACUAUCUGUUUUAGUUGGCUCAGGUACUCAGUUGUUUUUAAUGGCGGGCUGUACGAUAUUCUUUGCAUUGUUGGGUUUACUAUCACCCUCUUCAAGAGGCUCUCUCACUACUGUGAUGUUCAUUCUUUACGCGCUUUUUGGCUCUUGCGGUUCGUACACUUCGAUGGCAACUUACAAGUUUUUUGGUGGUCAGUUAUGGAAAGUCAACAUGAUACUUACACCAAUUCUUGUUCCAGGUAGCUUGUUUGCGACUGUCUUAGCAUUGAACUUCUUUUUGAUCUUUGUUAAAUCCGCUGGUGCUAUUCCUUUUGGAACAAUGUGUGUCAUAGUCGCAUUAUGGUUCUUGUUUUCUAUUCCAUUGUCCAUUGCAGGCUCCCUCGUUGCUUGGAAAAGAUGUAAGUGGGACGAGCAUCCAACCAGAACCAACCAAAUUGCUAGACAGAUUCCCUUUCAACCAUGGUACUUGAAAACAAUUCCUGCGGCCAUGAUUGCAGGUAUUUUCCCAUUCGGUUCAAUUGCAGUAGAACUGUACUUCAUUUAUUCUAGUUUAUGGUUCAACAAGAUUUUUUACAUGUUUGGAUUCCUCUUUUUCGCUUUUCUUCUAUGGACUUUAACUACAUCUCUGGUAACCGUUCUAUUGACGUACUACUCUUUGUGUAUGGAAAAUUGGAAGUGGCAGUGGAGGGGAUUUUGGCUAGGUGGUGCGGGUUGUGCGAUCUACGUGUUCCUACAUUCCAUUUUACUCACUAAGUUUAAAUUGGGUGGUCUGACAACAAUUGUCCUAUAUACCGGUUAUUCCUUAGUCAUAUCGGUCCUCUGUUGUUUGAUUACUGGUGCGGUCGGAUUCUUGAGCAGUUUGUGGUUUGUUAGAAGAAUAUACGCAUCCAUCAAGGUUGAUUGA